UACACCCUCCCUCUUGUGUCUGCUUUUCAACACACCACCUCCCUCAGACAAACUUUCGCCGGACUGAGUUUUGGGCUAAACCAGGGCGAAAAAAUCUUCUUUUUCAGUUGUGAAAUGGAGAGGAUGAUCAGAAAGGAGGUGUGAGCUCCUCUCAGGUUAGGCACAAUCAGAGAAAAACUGGGAUUUGCUCAGGGCAGAGAAACUAAACACACCUUUCCAGAAGGCGCUUCAGGUUUUGAUACUGCGGGGAAACCUCACAUCGGAGGAAAAGUUCAUCACAGCCUGCCAGAAGCAGGAAAGCAGCAGGAUACAGGACGUGGUCAAGCUCUACUCCCUUCCCAAUUCAAAAUCUUCCGGAGAAAAUGCUUCCUCGAGAAGCUAUUGCUGGCCUUUUUUCAACAAUUCUAUGUCUUGCAGGAAACAUCGCACUCACAGCUGGUCAGUCGAACUGUGUCUGUAUGCAAUCGGACUGUUCAAGAAAUUUCACAUGCUCAGGAGAUUGGUGUUUUGUAAGCAGACACUUGGAGAAUGGGGAAAUAAUCAAUAAGAAAGGCUGUCUGCAAAAAGCAAAUGAGUUUUGCUGGGGCUCUAUCACAGAAACCUUCGGCACAAAAUGCUGCCAGGGCAACAUGUGUAAUUUCAAUCUUUCCGUCCGACUAAAAGGUGAUCUGGAUGAAAAGGACCCGCCUUUGAAGAAUCUUCUCCUGAUGGUCCUGGUUCCAUUGUCUGCUAUUUUGAUUCUCACUAUAUUAGUUGGUCUCUUUGUCUGGAAGUGGGCCCAAAGCCGGCGGAGACAUAUGCCGUUUGGGUCUAAUGAAUUGGGCGAUGUGGAUUUUAUGCUGAAGAACUCUCUGGCUGGCGACAGCACCUUGGAAGUCCUGCUGAAUGAUGAAUGCACGACUGGAAGCGGCUCUGGGCUCCCCUUUCUAGUCCAAAGAACUGUGGCUCGGCAGAUCACCUUGGUUGAAUGCGUUGGUAAGCCAAGGAGAGAAAGAAACACCUGAACUGUCACCAGCAGAGAACUGCUGAACCUGCUGGAAACAAGAAUAUGCAUUUCAGUUCUCUGAUAAAA